AUGGCGUCAGCCAUGGCCAUGGCCGGCCAGGUUGGGCACGGCCUCGACGAUGCGGGGCGCCAGGGCGUGCGCGGCCACGCGCGUUGGAUGCACGGGCUCGCGGCGAACCAAAUGAGGGCGGCGCUGCCCUCCAAUGGUCGCCGGAGCGGCCACGGCGGCGGUGGCCGGCGGCAGAACUUGCAGGCGCACGUCGCCGGCGCGAUAGGCGGCGACCUAGGGCGAACGGCGGGCACCCGGGGAGGACCAGGAGCUCACCGUGGAGCUCGUGGUGGCAUCGGCGAGGCGAGGGGAGGCCGGAGUCGCCGGUGGGAGGCGGUGGCCGGCGCGGCGAGGUCGCCCGAUUGGCGCUGUAGGGGGCUCCCCGGCGACAGCCGUUUGCUGGAGGAGGUCGAGGGCGUCGUGGCGGAGCUCCCUGGCUCGUCGGCGGAGCGCGGGAAGGAGCGGAGCGGCGGCGACGGCGAGCUCUGGCCGGGCUAG